AUGCCAAAAUAUUUUACUUUAUAAACAUCUAAAAUAUUAUAGGUAUUACAAAAAGUCUUGAAGUUAUCAGGGAUGUCAUUUUCGACCAAGAAAAUUAAAAAUACCAUUUAAUAAAGGCAUGUAUCGCUAUAUUCAUCUCUUUUUUUAUCUGCAUAUCACCUCAAUAAUAUUGAUGAAUAUUAUCUAUAUACUAAUUGGAAAGAAUUAUUUAAAAGGGCCUGUAGAAGUAAUAAAAAAUUUUUGCAAAAGAAAAUAAAUAUGAGCCUAAACUAAAAGAAUUUGUAAAUCUAAUUUUAAUAUUCCUAUUUGCUAGCACAAAGCUUUUUUAGUGAUCUGGUUGCAUUAUAAAAUGAAAUGUUUAGAUCAAAAUAGUUUAGAGAGAGAUCAGACAGGAAUAAAAAAGUAAUAGUUGUAAGUAUAACAGAUUUAUUUUUAUUUGAUAAAGUAGCAUUUAUGAAAACAUUCUCCUAAAAUGGAUUUCAAAAACAGCCUAAGAGAUUUGAGAAUCCAAAGAUCUGCCUUUUGAAUCAAGGAUUGAAAUUGAAGAGUCAAAAGAGAAUGAUAAAAGAAGAAUUGAUAAACCUCAAGAGUAUUACUAGAAUGUCUAUAAUAUGUAUUAAUUUUUUUUAAUUAUUCUUAGAGGAGAAUGAAUUGUGUUAUCCAAGUUAAAAAGUCGAUUGA